AAUUCCAGGAAUCAUCCUCACUGUCAGCACAACAUCUUGGUUUUCAUAGUAAACCUUUGUAUCCGACUAAUGUAGCAGCGGUCGUGCACUAUACGUGUCUCCAGAAGCUGCAACAUGGAACAAGGGAGUACGUGCAACAGCUCAGCACCAGCAGAGACAGCGGCGGCGCCGUGGCUGACCUGCUUUCACGAUACUAUGAUUAUCUUUCCAAGAAACGUUGUCCGAUCGACGGUAUCACGAUGGAAGCUGCCGUAUUCGACUACGCUUUUUGGUGCUUGUAGCAAUAUUGGGUACAUCGCGUUUCGUUGCGAGUCUUCUAAAGAUGUGAUACCGCUGGUACUGCUGAUACUGUUUAUCGCAAUAGCCUCGGUUUUACCAAAGUGCUAUCGAAAGCGCUGCAAAGAAACAGUACCGACAACAUUGCACGAUCAAUGGACACUUUCUUCAACCACACAGCGCACAACGUGCGUUCCCGACGUCGUUGACCAACCCCAACACGAGCAACACUUUUACCUGAAUCAACUCCGGCGCAAACGAGACUUUCUGGCCCGUGCCGGAGACGAUUACGGCUAUCGCAACUCACCCGCAGGGUUUAUUGACGAUUGGAGAGACUUCGAAUUUCCUCUCCUGAUAUCUCCUAUCCGGCUGGAUAGCAAAGUUCCCUUCACAGAGCCAGGUCCUGCCGUGUCCAAAAAUACUAAAUGCGGUCCGAAUCCCAGUCCUGACGAUAAUACUUGUGAACAGCAGGUCUACGCAGAUUACGCGGGUGCCGCCUUGCCAACACGAUCCCAAUGGAAAGCUACCACCAACGAGACAGAUUCGCCUCUACUGUUGGCUAAUCCUCAUUCCACGGGGCCCUCUGCUGGACACACAUCCCUUCUGAUCGAGCAAGCAAAAAAAAGAAUUCUCGAGUUCUUUUCUGCCACUCCUGGACAGUUCGGUGGCCCACUAUCGAGCCGAGCUCUCCCGGACACCACCGGCAUUAGUAGAAAAGAAAACCAGCAGUAUCCGCAACGACAAGAGACAUUUCAUCCCGGCUACGAGAUUGUUUUCACAUCCAAUGCGACCGACGCGCUUCGCAUUGUUGCCGAAAGGUUUCCCUGGAAGACAGCGAAAUCAACGUCUUGUCAAUGUCAAUGCCAGCAAGCGUCAACCCUAGUUUACCCACAAGAUUCACACACGUCUGUGGUAGGAAUGCGCGGACCAGUCCUACAGAAAGGUGGCCGCUUGAUGUGCAGGCCAGCGACCGACUUGCUGUUGGAUAUGGACAAGCCACAAGGUGUACGCACAUGGAGUAGUCUCCCCAAUGAAGGGCUCCGGGAAAGUCACCCGUGCAAUUGCUGCAAGAAUGAGGUGACAAAUCAUUUGUUAGUAUUGGCUGCCGAAUGCAACUUUAGUGGCGACCGGAAGAAUGUGAAACGCGCAUUUCGACGAGUACGCGAAAGCUCGAAUGCUAUAGAGACGAGUGAUCGCUGGUUUACCAUGCUCGACAUGGCCAAGGCCGCCAGUUCAGCUCCAAUCAACUUACGUUCCCUUGAUCCAGAUUUUGCCUGCGUCUCCUUUUACAAAUUGUUUGGAAUGCCGACGGGGUUAGGGUGCUUGUUGGUCAAGCGAGGAGCGGCUGUGGAGCUUUUGAAGGAGAAUCAGAAUAUAUAUUUUGGCGGGGGUUCUGUGGAUGUUUUGCUACCAAGCACCGACUUUGUGGUGCAUCGAUCUGGGCCAACAUCUUUGGCGUCUCUUACAAAUGGUACUGUUCACUUUCGCGGCAUAGCCUCCUUGGUUCACGGGUUUGAUGCCCUGGCCCAUGUUGGAGGAAUGCAUUCCAUUGAAGGUCACACUGUCACUCUAGCUAGAGAAUUUGCUAGUCGAAUCAGCGCAAUGCAACACGCGAACUGCCGACCAUUGGUGGAGAUACACAGUUCAUGGGCUAAGGCAGGAAAAGCUCUUCGUCAUGGACCCACGGUAACCUUCAACGUGCUGCGUAGCGAUGGAGCGUACGUGGGCUUCAACGAAGUCUCUAAACUGGCAGCAUUAAAUCGACCACCCAUACAGAUGAGAACAGGAUGUUUCUGUAAUCCUGGUGCCUGUCAGCUUGCUCUAGGACUCAGUGACAAUGAUGUCCGGCAUAAUUACGAAGCUUCCGGUCACGUUUGUGGUGACCAAAUGGAUGUAAUCAACGGUCGACCUACAGGAGCGAUCCGUGUCAGCUUUGGCAAAGAUAGUAUCUGGGAGGAUGCGGACGCAAUCGUCACUUUUCUGGAGCGGAUCUUCGUAUCGGUUCAAAGUUUGGACAAUAAGUCCAAUGUUGGCUGGGAUGCCUCGCCUCGUCGGGUCAUGCUGUCCGAAAUGUACAUUUUUCCAAUUAAAAGUUGCGCCGCCUUUCGUGUGAAACGGUGGAAAUUUGACGCCAUAAGUACGAAACCCGAUUUUGAUCGAGAAUUUGCCUUGGUCGAUUCGUCUGGAACAGCCAUGCGCCUCCAAUCCUACCCCAAAAUGGCAUACAUACAGCCGCAUAUUGAUGUAUCGCGACGUGUAAUGACCGUUCAUGCCCCCGGGCAGUCACCGUUGGAGCUUCACUUGGACACGGAUUCUUCGAACACGAUCGAGAUUGACAGCGUCGUGAAGAUUUGCGGCAACCGUUGCGGAGCUCGCGUUUGGGGGGAUUGUAGUGUCUCAGAGUGGUUCAGCUCCUUCCUUGGUGUCCAGUGUUGGUUGGCCCGUCAUUCUGUCUAUGGAAACCAACAAGUUUCGAGCAAAUAUGCUGUUCCGUCAACAGCAGCAAGACGUCAAAGUGUAGCUUUUGCAAACGAGCAACCCAUUUUGCUGAUAUCUGAGCACGCAGUUGAUACUCUAAAUGAGUCUCUGAGGGCACAGCACCAAAAGCAAGUCAGCUCCAGGCAUUUCCGGCCCAAUAUGGUGGUCAGGCUAGUCGGGCAACAAUUUCAGAACGACGCUCUUCAUGCCGAAGACGCCUGGAGCACAAUACAGAAUAAUUCCAAGGAGAUUGUCUUUGACGUUGUCGGACCAUGCGCUCGUUGCUCGAUGGUAGAUGUGGACCCAUCCUCAGGAAUGAAAGGAAACACGCUGCGUGCGCUUGCCGAGUAUCGACGCCAAAACGGACAGAUCAUUUUUGGAAUCUUCCUCAAGGGUAGAACUGCUCGCUCAGAGUCUGAGAAGCGAGCCGACAUGUGGCUGGAGGAAGGGGAUUUUUUCCUUUCCGAAUGAAGUUUGGAAAAGGGCUAUUGUGUAGCUGUUUGUGCACCGUAACAACGAAAUCGGUUCCUACUUUAAUUAAUGUAACAUGUUAUUGCUUUACAUUCA